UUACUGCUGAGGAGAGCCGGAGCUCUGCGGUGGGCACCGGGGCGGAGCCUGCUGCCGCCGCGGCGGUAUCGCCUGCGCCCGGGGCUCGGGCAGCCGCGCCCGUGCGAGGGACGUGCCUGGCGUGGAUGCGUUUUUCUGAGGAGGAGAACAUGGCUGAAUACUUGAAAAAGCCUGUCAAAGACACUCUGGAUGAUAUAAAAGAACGAAUGAAAGAGAGGAGAAAUCAGAAAUGGAUGAGGUUGGAUAAAAUUAGCCACAUCUGCACCGUAAAAGGCAAAAUAGCAACCAACAGCUCAAAGAAAAUUAAGAGCCUUCAAGCAAACAACAAAGCCCUAGCUCAGGCUUUGCAAGAAGAAAAGCUGAAACUGAGGGAUGCCCAGGAUACCAUCCUUCAUUUAAAGACAGAUUAUCAAGAUCUGAAGUUUCAGAUGUUUAAAUUGCAAAGAGAUCUUAGGCUCAAGCAAGCACAACGACUUGAGAAUCAACUGCAAGCCUUGAAUAAGAUAAUUUCAAGAGUUUCUCAGAAUUUACAGGACUCAGUUGAUCUCCUUGGCCCAGCAAAGAAUCUGUGUUCCAUAGGUGUAAAUGGGAAGGUGCUUUCUUCAGUUCUGGAAAACGGUUCCAGUGUCGCAGGGCCGGUACAUUCAGUAAAACAUCUACAGUGUGCUGAUGGGGAUGAUCAAGUACUUCCAAGUGGGAUGGAGGCUGAUAGCCAUAAAAAUGAGCUCACUCCCUCUGUGUCAGAGACCUGUGAGGAAUCUGACAACGCCGUUUCCUCAAACAAAAUAGUUCCAGACAAAGGACGAGCGUCUGAUUUUCAUCUGGAUGUCAUAGAGUCAGAGCUGGAAAAUAUUUCUUCAAGCAGAGAGGAUGGACUUGGUAACCUCUUACCAAAAAACGGGUCUACUAGGAAUUGCUCCGUGAAGUCAAAAAAUUACAACAAACAUUAUACUGGUGUAUUGAACCAUUCAGAAGCACCUGCUUCAACAAGAAAGCUUUCUGAACUGGACAAAGUUAGACUUGAGGAAAGUCUACAGAUGUGUACUAUAGAAACCAGAAAUCUAGGUAUUUCUCAGUUGAAUGAAAAUGAGGUAGGUUCAGAGCCGGUGUUGAGGAAGUCAGAUUCUGAAACCACAGAGUCCCACUUAAACAAUAAUUCUGAUCUUAAACGACAUGAGUCUAAAAACAGAGAAGACUCUCAAGUUAGGAAAGGGAAGCAUGAGAAGGCAAAACUGGAAAAACCUAAAACUUCCAGACAAACACCGAAACAAAGACAGGCAAAAGGGGCGUCCAAGAAAAAGUUGGAUUUCUUGGGUCGCUUCAGUGAUGCGUACGACUUUCAUUUGGAAGAGAGUGUCCAUCUUACACCUUUUCGACAGAAUAAGGUGAAUGACACCGAUAGUGGUGUGGAUGACAAAAAUGACUUAUCUGAAACCAAUACCAUCGAGUCAGAUGAUAUUGAAGAAGAUUCAGAUGACAGCCUCUAUGAGCCUUACAAGGGUAAAUCAAAAAGAAGGAGAAGUGCAGUGGACAACAUAGGUAGAUUACCAGUCCGUGCAAGGCCAAGGUCUAAAAGAUGUUUGGCACAGCGUGAGCAGAAACUCCAUGAUGAAAAAGAGACCUACUGAUUGAUCAAAACAUCAGAUCAAUUAUUUAGGCAGCCUUCAGAGCCAUCUCAUGGUCAUCUUUGCAAUGUUACCAAUACUGCUUCAUUGCUCACCAGCACUGGGAAUGCAGCUGUUGUCCCAGAAGGUGAAGGACCACGAUCUCCAAAACGCAAGCGAAGCUGUGCUAUUACUGUGUGCUAUAAAGAACCAAGUAUUGCAGGGAAACUCAGAAGAGGGGAUCCAUUCACAGACACAAAUUUCCUGAAUUCUCCAGUUUUCAAGCAGAAAAAUAAUGCCAAGUGCCCUUCUCUUAGGAAAACAUCUCUGUCAAAAUACAGUGAGAAAUUUGUUGGCCGUCGUUGGUAUUUCCAGUCACAACAGCAAAACCAUGCUGGUUCCAUGAAGAAAGGAAAUAUCCAGGAAAUUAUUGUUGCACAAGAUUUUGCAUAAAUAUGCCGUUAUUUCUAUGUGUCUUAAUGCUAAGGAUGUAAAAUUAAGAGCAGCUGGUUUCAAUCCAGUGACUUUUUCAUGAUCUAGAAGGCACAAGGCUACCUGUGUAACUAAGGUGAUUCCAUUCAAACCCUUUUGUGAGAAGGCAUUUUGUAAUGUAAAUUUGUAAGUUAUGUUACAGUUUUGUAACUUAUAGCCUGCUUGUUUGGACACUUAAGAUCACAUGGUUUAGUGUUUUGGG